AUGUUGACCAAAACUUCACGAUUCAAUCCAGCACGAGCAAUCCCGGCACUAAUGUGCACUUUGCUCGUGCUGUGCAUGUCUUCGCACGAUGCGAUCGCACAAUCGGACAAUGCACCCAAGUGGAUGGUCGUGACCUCCGAGACCGAGCCCGUUCGCUGCGGCGAUCAGGAGAUCUACUACACGAUCACCGAGUUCAAGCGAGGUACUGUUGUCGCCGUCGAUGGGACCUCGGGUGAUUUCAGCAAGGUCCGUUAUCCCGCAUCGCUCGGAGUGCUUGUCGCCGCUGAGGAUGUUCGCACGAUCAAAGCGGGAUUGCAUGUCCAACUGAUCAACGAAACGCAACUCAAAGCAGAGUCCCAACUGCGGGGUAUGGAUGGCUCGUGGUGUCCAGUCUUUGCUCAGCCGCUGAGUACUGGGAUUGAGAUGGCUGUCCUGGAAACCAUCAGAGAUCAAGCGACGAACCAAGUACGCGGAUACCGCGUGGCGCCGCCUCGUCCGCCUGUUGUGGAUUCCUAUCCCUACGCAUACAUCCGCACGAAUGCACUGCGUGAUGCAACACCUGACGAGAUCGCGGCUCACCAAGGUGGCAAGCAGAUCACCAGUGGACGCCCACCUUUGAGUGCCGGUCCUGGGAAAACAGAUGACACAACAAACUCUGCGAAAGAACUCCAAGAGGAAGCCGCAGGACAACUGUCGCAGCAGGAAUCUGAGCAGCGCGAGCCGGCGAUUGAUCUUCGUGAGGAGCAGGUGAUCCCUGAGACCUCGCUUCCAGACCCUGAGGAAGUGACUGAAGACGACACGGACAAUCAGCCCGUUGAAAUACAGAACGCGAUCCCUGAAACGCGCGAUUCCACACCUGUAGUGAAUCCAGAGAAAGCCACGCGCCCUUCGAAUCGAUUGACUGUAUCGAGUCUGGAAGCACUCGAAGCAUCAUUCACCAAUGCACGAACGAUGCCUCGCGAGCAGCUCGAUGAGGCGCUCCCAGAACUACUCGCGGAGUUCACGCGUGCUCGUGAUUCUGCCGAAGAUGGUGAUCCGUCGAUCGAACCGCUGGAACAGCGGAUUGAGUGGAUCAAGAUCCGCAUCGAGACGCGCGAUCAACGCCGUGCGAUUGCUCAGGCGCUCGCGGUCGCGGAUACGCAGCAGAUUGAACUCAAUCGCAAGAUCGAGCAGUGGAAUGACUCUCGUGUGUACGACCUGGUUGGGCGCUUGAUGCUGUCAGGUGUGUAUACCGGAGAGCACCUGCCGUUGAUGUAUCGCGUGCGUGUUCCUGAUCCGAUCACUGGGAUGGAGCGUACGGUUGGGUACAUUGCGCCCAAACCCGAUCAAGACCUGCGUCGGUUCCUCGGAAGCGUGGUCGGUGUGAUCGGCGAUCCAGUCGAAGAUGACGCGCUCGCGCUUACAGUUCUCAGUCCAACGAAAGUUGUGCUGAUGCCGGGCAUUGCUAUCGGUUCGGGAUUGUCCACGAUCGCUGAUCCAGUGAGCGCGGCUCUUGAUGCAUCGGAAAGAACAAAGCAGUUCAUCCGGACUCCAGCAGACCUCGUUAUUGGGUUUGUGACAUCAAGCUAUGCGCAGCGCGUCGGGAUGAUUGCUGACGCUAUUCGAGACUCGCUCACUCCGAAACAUCUCUUGAUGGUGUCCGCGGCGGGGAUCAUGUGCAACGACACUGAAGUCGUCGAGGGUCCUGGCAUUUCAUUGCUCGCGAUGAAUCUGCCGGGAGUGGAUCUACACCCAUACACGCUUGAUGCGACAUGGGGACCAAUAGAUCCCGCCGAGCGUGCUUCGAAGAUCAGUGAGACCAUCGGGGCCAAUGAUCAAAUGGCGGCGUCAUUCUUCUUCGCCGAUCCAUUCUCCGUGCCUCUGGUGAAUCUCGUCCCCGCAUUAUCUGCAGCGAGGGAUGAGUACACAGAUCCAAGCGGUGCCGUCCAGCGUGUCGGCACAGUGUUGGGAGGAAUGGCGUCCGGUGGAGUAGUCCCAGGUGGCAACACGCUCUUCAUCGACGGCAAGCUCAGUAAUCAUGGCGCGAUGGGGAUCACGCUCUCUGGUGAUAUCCAGGUCGACACGAUCGUCUCGCAGGGAUGUCGUCCCAUUGGUCAGCCGAUGGUGGUCACCAAAGCACGCGGGAAUCUGAUUCUUGAGCUCGGCGGGAAACCGGCGAUCGAUGCGAUCCGCGAUUCGCUCCAAGGGAUCAACGAAGUCGAUCGUGAACUCCUCGAAGAAGGGCUGCUCAUCGGACGCGUUAUCAACGAGCACAAAUCACGCUUCGGACGAGGGGACUUCCUCAUCCGCAAUAUCCUCGGCGGCGAUGAAGAAUCCGGCGCGCUCGCGAUCGCGGAUCUCGUCAGCGCCGGACAGACCAUCCAGCCGCAUCUUCACGAUGCACAGACAGCGGAUGAAGACCUUUCACUGCUGCUUGAUGUUCAGCAGCUCUACGAUCGACCCAAGGGAGCGCUGGUUGUGUCGUGCACUGGGCGCACGCAAGACUUCUUUGGUGAGUCAGCGCACGAUGCACGAGCCGUCCGUCAUGCGUUUGAGCUCCCCGUAGAGGGUCCAAAGCUCGCGAAAGCCGGACGAGAGCUCAACCCAACAGAUCGGGGGAUCCCACUUGCUGGUUUUUUCGCGGCCGGAGAAAUCGGACCUGUUGGGAAUGAAGUAUUCCAGCAUGGACACACCGCUGUGACUGCUCUUUUCAGAGAGAUUGAUCGUGUCGAUCUGUGA